AUGUUAUUAUCAAGAUCCGUUGCUAUUUCCAUUUUGGCUACCUUAGGAGUUCAAGGUUUAGUCAUUCCAUCAGUAGAUGAAGUCAUUGAUGUUUUUGGUAAAAAUAACCAAAAGGGGGUUGUUUCCAGUAAUAAGGCAGUUGGAAAAGUUGAAAGCAAUGUAGCUUCAAGCUUAAAUAUGAAGUUGUUAUCAGUUGAAGAGGCAGCGCCAGUGGUCAAUGCCGAGUCGGUCAGAGAUAUCAUUCCACAUAAAUAUAUUGUUGUUUUCAAGGAAGGAUUGAGUGCAGACGAAAUCCAAUUCCACCAAGAGUGGGUUGCUGCUGAACAUUCUAAUUCGUUGGGCAAAAUGGGUGAAAGCGACCCAUUCAAGCAUGCAAUCAAAGAGUUGGAUAUCGCAGGCGGUAUCUUGGACUCGUUUAACAUUAGCAAUUUGUUAUCUGGUUACACUGGGUUCUUCAAUGAAGCGACUAUCGACAUGAUUCGUCGUAACCCAUUGGUUAAAUUUGUCGAAAAGGACUCCAUGGUCCACGCAUCUGAAUUUGACACCCAAAAGGGUGCACCAUGGGGUUUAGCUAGAGUUUCACACAGAGAACCAUUGAGUUUGAACUCAUUUAAUCAAUAUCUUUACGAUAAUGAGGGUGGUAAGGGUGUUACUGCUUAUAUUAUUGAUACUGGUGUUAAUGUUGACCAUGAGGAAUUCAAAGGCAGAGCCAAGUGGGGAUCUACCAUCCCUGAAGGAGACGCUGAUGUCGAUGGUAAUGGUCAUGGUACCCAUUGUGCUGGUACUAUUGGAUCCAAGGCUUAUGGUGUUGCUAAGGGUGCCGACCUUGUUGCCGUCAAAGUUUUAAGAUCCAAUGGUUCUGGUAGUAUGUCUGAUGUUGUCAAGGGUGUUGAAUUUGCUACCAAGUCUCAUUUAGAAGCUGUUAAGGAAAACAAGAAAGGAUUCAAGGGUUCCACUGCUAAUAUGUCGUUAGGUGGUGGUAAAUCUCCUGCAUUAGACUUAGUUGUUAAUGCUGCAGUCAAGGCAGGUAUUCAUUUUGCUGUUGCUGCUGGUAACGAAAACCAAGAUGCUUGUAAUACUUCUCCAGCCAGUGCUGAAAAUGCCAUCACUGUCGGUGCCUCGACCAUUGCUGAUGCAAGAGCUUACUUCUCCAACUUUGGUAAAUGUGUUGACAUUUUUGCCCCUGGUUUGAACAUUUUGUCUACAUACAUUGGUUCCAACUCCGCUACUGCUACAUUAUCUGGUACCUCCAUGGCCUCUCCACACAUCUGUGGUUUAUUGUCUUACUACCUCUCUUUGCAACCAAGUGGCGACUCUCAAUUCGCUAUGUCGGGUAGUGGCGUGUCUCCAAAUCAAUUGAAGAAGAACUUGAUCCACUAUGGUUCCAAGGGUGUCUUAAGCGACAUUCCAGAAGAUGGCACUCCUAACAUCUUAGCUUUCAACGGUGCGGGUCACAACUUAACCGAAUUCUGGAACGAAGGCGUACAACAAGUUUCCGAAAAGGAAGCAAAGCUUUCUACAAAGCUUUCUAACUUUGAAUCAAAGGUCGAGAAAUUGAUUUAUAAAGCUGAACACGACAGUGAAGGUUUAUAUAAUGACAUUAAGAACUUGGUUGAUGAUGCCUACAAGAAUUCCAAUUAG